AUGGGCAAGGCGUGUCGAGAUAUGGCGGAGGCGCUGCGGGACUGCAUGGUGAAGCAAGAGUGCAUGGCUGACGGCACCAAAACACUUAAGCAGUGUCUCCACGACCGCGCGUACUCGCACGAGUGCAAGGUGGAGGCGGAAGAAUACCGCGUGGCUUACUUCGAGUGCAAACGCGGGCAAAUGGACAUGCGUCAAAGGAUCCGCGGUCCGAAGGGAGGCAUGUCGAAGCCGGUGGAUGGUAGCAACAAAGCUUAG